GAUGACUGCCCGGGUUGGUGAAACAGUGAUCCUGAAGGCGGCCCGUGCACACGGCAGCCCAGAACGUCUUAUCGAUAAUGAUGGGUCUGCUUAUCGCAUUUCACUUAUCGGCGGUUUAAUUGAAUUCGCGUCGUCGAGGACCGCUGUGGGGUUUGGACGCGUCUGGUACGAAUACUCACGGAGCGAAUGAACACACAUCAACAAACCCGACCCCGUUGCUGAGCACACAAGACAGGCCACCAUGUCGAAAGCAAUUCUCUCUAUUCGGUCCAACGAAUCCGAUGAAAAGAGCAAAGCAGUCGCCAACCUGUUGCCAUGUCGCAUACACCACAAUGGACCGAUUGGUGAUGCCAAUACCUUCUGGAAUCCUGUUCGGUCAGAAGAUGGGAAACCCUUGGCAUACUUUCGUGGUCGGAAACUUUACGGCACGACUGUCAAGCUGCCAGAGCAAUACCGAGGCGUUGUUAUGGAAAAGAGCGACGAGGUCGAGGCCCAGCAACUCGAACUCGAGGACGAGGGAGAAGGGGCCGAAGGCGAUUUGGUCGAGCUGGGAACCAUGGACGUCAAGGCUGUGUUUGACGAGAUAGUCAUCUGGGGUCACGAGUCGAGCGCCGAGGCGGCGUCGGAUCCUUACGUGAGGAGUAUCGAGGAAUGGCUGACUGUCGCCGAAUCGGUACACUCGUACCCUUCGCCGGAGAUGAAGAACGGCGCAUAGGCGGGCGAAGGCUCGCAGAGUUUGGUUCUAGGGAACUGUACACUGCGGUUUUCUGUGGGCACGGAGUAGCAGGAACAUUGCAUGGUUUAGGCGUUAUGGGAGCUGUGCGAAGCAGAAUGAGUACAAAAAGGCCAAGUAAGCUCCGAGCUUCGAAUUCUCUAUCUGGAUUUCAGAAUAUGAUCAACUCCUUAUGCCCUGUCUGUUUCGCGGCGAUAUGCCUACAGUACAUACCUACCACCUGUAGGCGUAUCCCAAGUUUCCGCCAACAGUACUCUCCGGAUUGAGGAUGAUUCUCAAACUGGACUAGCGCCAGAUGCAGUCAAUUAAAGCCGUCGCGCCAGCAACGCGCGCUGACGCGCCUCCUGCCCC